AUGGAGAAAGUGUCUGCAUUGAAAGACCAAGGCAACAAAGCUCUGACUGCAGGAAAUAUUGAUGAGGCGAUACGCUGCUACACUGAAGCUGUGACUCUCGACCCCAAAAACCAUGUCCUCUUCAGCAACCGCUCAGCUGCCUAUGCCAAAAAAGGCAAUUAUCAAAAGGCUCUUGAGGAUGCUUGUGAGACCAUCAAGAUAAAGCCAGACUGGGGCAAGGGUUACUCUCGCAAGGCUGCGGCACAAGAAUUUCUUGGACGACUCGAGAAUGCAAAAGCGACGUAUCAAGAGGGUCUCCAACAUGAGCCAAACAACCAGCAGCUAAAGGAGGGUUUACAGAACAUUGAGGCCCGCCUUGCAGAGAAAUCAAUGAUGAACCCUUUCGCGGUGCCUAACAUGUAUCAAAAGCUGGAGAAUGACCCUCGAACCCGUGAGCUAUUGGCAGAUCCAAGCUACAAAGAACUCCUGGAGCAACUCAGGAACAACCCAUCCGCACUCGGCACGAAACUUCAAGAUAAGAGAGUGAUGACCACACUCUCUGUGUUGCUGGGGCUAAACUUGUCCGGAAUGGAUGAAGAAGAUGAGCCCGCACCUCCUCCUCCUACUGCUCCUACAAAACGUAAAGAGACACAGCCUCCUCCUUCCACAAAUGAGGAUCUUCCUGAGAACAAGAGAAAUGCCUUGAAAGAAAAGGAACUUGGGAAUGCUGCCUAUAAGAACAAGGACUUUAAUACAGCACUGAAGCAUUAUGAAGAAGCAGUCAAGCACGAUCCUACCAACAUGACUUAUAUUUCAAAUCAAGCUGCUGUUUACUUCGAGAAAGGGGAUUUUGAGAAGUGCAGGGAGCUCUGUGAGAAGGCUAUUGAUGUUGGCAGAGAGAACCGUGAAGACUACAGACAAAUUGCAAAGGCACUGGCUAGGAUUGGUAACUCGUACUUCAAGCAAGAAAAGUAUAAAGAAGCAGUUCAGUAUUUUAACAAGAGUUUAACAGAGCAUCGCACCCCUGAUGUCUUGAAAAAGUGUCAACAGGCAGAGAAAAUCCUGAAAGAGUUGGAGAAACAAGCCUACAUAAAUCCUGACUUAGCUCUGGAAGAGAAGAACAAGGGCAACGAGGCUUUCCAGAAGGGAGACUACCCGCUUGCCAUGAAACAUUACAGUGAGGCCAUCAAAAGAAACCCGAAUGAUGCGAAGCUCUUUAGUAACCGAGCUGCCUGCUACACUAAACUGUUGGAGUUUCAACUUGCCUUGAAGGAUUGUGAGGAGUGCAUCAAACUUGAACCCACAUUCAUUAAAGGCUACACACGCAAAGCAGCAGCUUUGGAGGCAAUGAAAGAUUUUUCAAAAGCCAUGGAUGUGUAUCAGAAGGCUUUAGAGCUUGAUUCUUCUUCAAAGGAAGCCACAGAAGGCUUACAACGCUGCAUGGUCAGUCAGGCAAUGAGGAACGACAGUCCUGAGGAAGUGAAGCAAAGAGCAAUGGCCGAUCCUGAGGUGCAGCAGAUAAUGUCCGACCCCGCCAUGCGCAUGAUCCUUGAGCAAAUGCAGAAGGAUCCUCAGGCACUGAGCGACCACUUGAAGAAUCCUGUCAUUGCAAGGAAAAUUCAGAAACUACUGGAUGUCGGGCUCAUAGCCAUUCACUGA